UAUAAUAUGGUGCAUGAAUUCAAUUAUGAGAUACAGUACAUCCCUGAGGCUGAGAAAUGCCUGAGUGUGCAGCAGUUUCACAGUGGUGGUGCUACGACAUAGUGUGAAACCUCCUUCAGUUCUAACGCGUGGGAUGAUGAUGUGGCUGUCAAUAUAGGAAAUAUGAUGUAUGAUAUGAAUAUAUGAGGACCUGUUGGCAUAAGAGUCCUUGAGCAAAACUGUUUUUUUAAAGUCUUAAAUAGUUACUUGUAAUGUUUACAAAUGUUUGUAGUAUAGGAAGGACUCUUGUUGUUUAUAUGAGUUUGCAGGGAUGAGCCAUGUUAAGUGACCUUCGCUGGGGGAAAAAAACUUCUCAAGUGCAUAGUUGAAAUUUGGUUGUGUGAUUUUAGUUCAUGUAUGGCUUGUUCCCACUGUGUCCUAUACAAAACAGAAGGAAGGAGGAGGAAAACAGAAACAAAUUUCAGUUUGCGGCUAUUACACAUUAUUUUCCUUCCUUGAGUUUUAUGAUCUGUUCCAGUCACAGCUGUCCUCAAAUCUCAGUAAAGCACACGUAUAAUCUGUACUUCAGCGUCAGAUUCUUGCCUUGUCAUUCAUUGUCCACCCCCACCCCUGUUUACUCUCUAUUAAAGUAGUCACAGUGGAGUGCUUUACACAUUGUUGUAGUAAUUCAUUGGGGCUAUUGGCAAGUCCCUUCAUGCCUGUAGUGCUGAUCACUCAAACCCCUCCACAAUUAGGGUGGGCCCGAGUUUAUUGUUUGAGUUCAAAGGUGUGUGUUGAAGAAGGGAUUAGGGGAUUUUCCCUCUUUACCUUUAAACUGAUCUAAACUUUCCCCCUUAGUGUUUGAGUAUCUCCAUGUGCACAGCGUUGAGGCACUGCAGUGACAAUAAAUUCAAACUGUCCAGAUCUGUUGCAAUAUAGAUAGGAUUUGGAAAUAAGUACACAUGGCCUUUGGUGUUGAAGAGACAGGGAAAAGAUGUGCUAAUCAGAUAUUAAGUCCACUUUCAUCAGUGGCCCAAAGGUCAUCUCCAAACAAAGGAAGCAGUGAUGGGACACUUCGGUGUGAAAGGUCCACACCCCAUCUAUCUUAUUACCAAGAUAGAGAAGUCCACUUCAUGAUAGGACACUGACCUAUUCUCACUUGACUUUACCCCCACACACUCUCCCAAUCUUUCCAGUCUUGGUUUGCAUUCUAAACCCCCCCUGCCCCUCCCCUGACACAGCGCCUCUAUAAAAUUCAUUCCCAAGUUGCCAUUAAGGGGAACGCACGGCUGUAUCACCAAGACAGUGCGCAACUAUAGAUGAUGAGGGAAGGGUAUUCAGAGUUUAUAGAUGGUAAUGUGUUUUACUCCUAUCACAAGUAGGGGGACUUUUAAAGUAGGAAGCGCAUCCCCAGUCUUAUCUUUCGACUAGUUAGGCUAGCCGCACGUAAAAUGGUUAAAAGGGCCUUGGCGACGAUACCAAUCCUCCUGUCAUGGUGUUACUGCGUGUUGGCUACGCAGGUCGCCUUUGCCAACUUCUCCGUGGACAACGAAGUGCGCUCCAGCUUCAUCCAGCGGCGGCUGCGGAGCCAAGAGCGCAGGGAGAUGCAGCGGGAGAUCCUCUCCAUCCUGGGGCUGCCGCAUCGUCCGCGUCCGCACGUCCACACCAAACACAACGCUGCCCCGAUGUUCAUGCUGGACCUGUACAAUACCAUCUCUACAGACGCAGAGCCGCCCGGAUACUCUUACUACAAGUCCGUUUUACCGACCCAAGUCUCCCCCAUGGUGACCCCACAGGACAGCCGCUUCCUAGAUGACGCAGACAUGGUGAUGAGUUUUGUCAAUCUUGUUGAUCAGGAUCAGGAUCUAUUGUACCAGCAGCACAGAAGAGAAUUUCGAUUUGAGCUUUCCCGUAUUCCAGAGGGAGAGGCCGUCACAGCAGCAGAGUUUAGGAUUUAUAAAGAUUUCAUCCAGGAACGCUACGAGAAUGAGACAUUCAGAGUCAGUGUAUACCAGGUCCUGCAGGAGCCUCCAAACAGUGAAGUGGAGCUCUUGCUGCUGUACCAACGAGAAGUGUGGGCUGCAGAGGAGGGCUGGCUGGUCUUUGACCUGACUGACACCAGUAAUCUCUGGUUGGUCAACCCUGAGCAGAACCUUGGCCUGCACCUGGUCCUGGAAGACAGCCACGGCCAGAGGAGGAACCCCCGGCUGGCGGGGAUGGUGACAGGCGGUGGACCUCAGGACAAGCAGCCCUUCAUGGUUGCCUUUUUCAAAGCCAAUGAGGUGCGCUUCCGCAGCAUCCGCUCUGCCCACAAGGGGCGCCAGUCUAACCGCUCCAAACCCCAGAAGACUGUCCAAGAUGCAUUAAAGGCAGUGGAGGCUGCAACAGAUAACCUUGGCAUCACCAAAGAGGGAUGUAAAAAGCAUGAGCUGUAUGUUAGUUUCAGAGAUUUGGGAUGGCAGGACUGGAUUAUAGCUCCAGAGGGCUAUGCAGCGUACUACUGCGAGGGAGAAUGCGCCUUCCCUCUCAACUCCUACAUGAAUGCCACCAAUCACGCCAUCGUACAAACUCUGGUGCACUUUAUCAACCCGGACACGGUGCCCAAGCCCUGCUGUGCCCCUACCCAGCUCCACGGCAUCUCAGUGCUCUACUUUGACGACAGCUCCAAUGUCAUCCUCAAGAAGUACCGCAACAUGGUGGUCAGAGCCUGUGGCUGCCACUGACCGCUCAAAUGAUGGAGGGACACUUAAAAAAAAUGCAGAAGUGAAGGAACCAGAGACAAGAGAUGAUUGACUGGCUGGAUAUCAAGGAGCUUCUGCCACAGAACGAGCUUUAAUCUGGGAUUUCAUGAGCAGCAGCUGAGCCUCCCAUGCAGUAUUAACCACUACCACAAACCAGUUAGAACCAUUGGCAACAGAGAAAGGUUGAACAAAGGGGUUUCUUAAGCCUUCCUUUGAGUUUGAGUACAAAAAAUGCACUAAAAGGACUCCGAACAAUGUUGAGUUACCUCACAUACUCAAAUAAAACAUUCAGUGCUAGAAACAGAAAAGUAAAAAGUUACUACUGGUAUUUUCCCUAAUGUGCAACACAUCUAUCUGCAUUUGAAUUCAGGCAUUGACCAUCAGGCAUCAGAAUAUAUAAAAUAUUGCCUGGGUUUAAAUCUGAAUUUGGUAACUGAUUUCACAGCUCAUAAAACUUUAAAUCUCCAUCUUCCUGUUGAACCACUGCACCUUUUGUUUUGGAACAUCUGCAUGAACUUAUGUCUGAUGAGGACUUUUUUUACUGGUGUUGAACUGGUUGUUCAGCAGGCCAUUUAAAACUGGUCAGGUGUAAAAUAUCUGGCAACUCACGCGUGUGUGCUGCUGAUUUAGAGGAGCUCAGUGAAGAAUGGCGGUUAAAACUGUUAGCAGUGUGGGACUGAAAGGCCUGCCUAUAGUUUCCUGGUGCAGACAUACUGUAUAUCACCAGGCCUGUGAGAGGGAAGAUGCCAGUGAAUCAUCUUCGUGAGUCAGGGUGUGCACCAUCACCCCGACUGCAGCUGCCUUCUGGUGUCAGACCAGAGCUGCAGGUGGGCAAAGGAAAGCUGUAAUUUUAUUUUGUCAGAAUAAAGUAGUUGAAUAAAUGGAAACUAUAAAA